GAAGUUACAAAACAAAAGGGGAGCUUUUUGUUGUUCUUUUUCUUUCAUAACGUUUAAAUAAAAACAUAAAACCAAAGCUAUAAUGAACAUAUAUAAUCUUAUAAGUUAGCCAACGGUCGGUCCAUUGCCAAGCUAAAGCUCCAUCUCCCCAUAAGAAAUAAAACAAACAAAUUAAAGAAACGUAGAAGGAAAGUGGAGUAAAAAGAUAGGCAUCUUUUUCAGAUGUCAAUGUAGUACUUGCUUGAUUAUAAAGUUAACGAUUUAAAAUCUAUAGCAGCUAUAUGUGCACGUAUCAUGUAUACACAUCCGUGUAUAAAUACGGAUCACAUGAACUCGCAUGAACUCAAAAAGGGAUGAACCCUUUGUUUUACUUCCUUCUUGGCUUAACCGCUAUUUUGGCAGCGACCGCAAACGCUGGCGGACCAGUUCUCGACACUGAUGGUGAUUUCAUACUCGACGGCGGCAGUUAUUACGUUCUCCCCAUCUUCUCCGGUGGCGGUUUAACUCUCACCCCCCGUGGUGGCAACCAAUGUCCCCUCCAUAUCGGACAAGAAUAUUCAGAUGUCAAUAAGGGUAUUCCUGUAAAAUUCUCAAACUGUAGAUCUAAAUUUGGAUUCGUUCUCGAGUUUGUUAACCUCAACAUCGAGAUGGAUGUCAAAGCUACGAUAUGUUUUCAGUCAACCUAUUGGUGGGUCGAUGAGUGCGACAUGGCCAUUAAGAAGUUCUUCAUAAUGUCUGGUCCUAAGCCAAAACCUGGAGAAGAUUCAUCGAAGAGUUUCUUCCAGAUCAAGAAAACUAAAUAUUUUCAUAACGGCUACACCAUUGCGUUUUGUCCAAACGAUAACGAUUGCAUCGAUGUUGGGAUAUUUGUGGAUGAAUAUGGCGUUUGGCGUUUGGCUUUAAGCCCUACGCCAUUCCCGGUUAUGUUCGUGAAAGCUAUUGGAACAGAGACUUCGUCCAAGACUAUGUAUGAGAGAAAUUAAACUAAAGACUACAAAAUUAAGUAGAUAUGCAAAUACAAAAUUAAGUAGAUAUAUUUGUGAUCACUUUUUUGUUUUGUUCAUCAAUCAUUAUAUAUGGAAUAAAACAUUUUUCAUCUGUUUCGUUU